CAGGGUCUUCCCCCGGAAAUGAUGUCGCGAAAAGGGGAAUUUCGCUUGCCUUAAAAUAAAACUUAUAAAAACGCCGUUUUUCCUGAUUCAGAUGAUAGAGGCAGACUUUAUGUCAGUUAGUUACAUGUACGUAAGGCAUGUAUCCGGUGACCAAUAUGGCAGCACGCUCUGAUCGUGGCAACACCGGCAGAAAUGCUGCAAAUCCUGGCCGGAAUAAUUCAAUGACACCCAGAGAUGCCCGGACUCUACCAAGUACAGGUACCAGACCUGUUACCAAGAGCGCCACGUCCACUGGUGCCAGCAGACAUCCGGCAAGCACUGACAAGAGAGCAUCAGUUGCAGGUGCCGGAGGAAUAGCAGGUUACAGAGAUAGCAAAGUUGCUACCUCCCGUGAGAGAUUGAUUGGCAGUGGUUCUUCAACACGGGCCGCAUCAUAUCAGGAUGGGUAUAGUACCUCUACCCACAUCACUGACCAUGCCACGCAGGCCCAAAAAAUUUCUUUUAUUCUCCUUGUGGACAAAGAGUUCAAAGUGAAGCCAAGUUCCUCGUUACUUAAUCAGCGACACACGCCCUUAACCAAGAAAAUACUCAAGGGCACACUGCUUGAAGGUUAUGAAGUAUCACCCGCUGGACAGAAAUAUGUGGAUAAAGUCAAAGGUGUCAAACAGACAGAAACCAAACAUUACAUUGUCAAGCCACUCAGUGGUGACCUGGAGUUUGAAUCUAACAGUUCAGAAGUCGCUCGAAUCUCCACUCAAGAGAGAGAUUUUUUGAGGGCACUUUUCACAGACUCACAUCGGUUACAGAUUUACUUGGAUAAGGACCAUAUAUCGUAUGCACUCAGCUUGCGAGGAGGCUCACAAGUGAAAGUACUACACAGGCCCGACAGCACCGCUCCCUAUGAAGAGGUCACUGCUAUUGUUCGAUAUAUUGGCCCUGUAUCUUCACCUGAAAUGGGAACCCUUUUUGGCUUGGAAUUGGCUUAUUAG